GAUAUUCGCAACUGUAAUGAACGUGUAAUAUUUAGGCAGAAAAACUUCCUUAUGGACCUUUCCAUAAAGAAAGAUUUACGGAGCCCAAUCGCACGCGUUUAAAGUGUUUUUGGACAGUCAAAAUUAAAAACGAAUCUCAACUAUGAAUUGUGCGAAUGGACGGCUAUGAUUGCGCUGCACGGAGCCUUCGUGAAUAAGUUUCUCUCAUGUUUAGGUAUUUGUACUUGGUAAGCAAGCAAAAAAAGGAAAUACUGUAAAUAAACUUAAUUGGAGCGCAAGCAAACCCAAUCCCACUAUAUGAAUCAUGACGGCCUGCAAACCCAGUCCAGAUGAGCAAAUUUAUGCGGCAACUAGGGUAAGCAGUCAGGAGAAAAACAGAGAGCAAAAUAUUCGAGAGAGAGAAAGAGACUGUCUGUGUGAGAGUUUCCAUUGAAAAAAAAAAAUAGUGAUCGAUCAUGGCUGAACAAGAAGACGAUACCACGGAGCCGAGGUUCGUGAGUGAAGAAGAGGAUAUUGAUCCGUCCAUGUGUAGUUUCUUCGUGAGCGAACAUGGCAAGUCCAAACCCGACAUGUGUUUUUCAUCAGAAGCAGCAUUGGAAUAUCAACAUGCCCAAGUACUUGACAACAUGAAAUACGAUGUCGAUGGAUUAACGUGGCGUAGAGGUGAUUUGAUUGGAACAGGCGCAUUCGGGUCUGUCUAUUUGGCUACUCUCAAGAAACCCGAAUCGCAGCAGCAGCAGCUUGGUCCCUUUCCGCCGAAGAUGGCAGUGAAGUCGGCUGAACUCUUCGAUUCGGGUUCGCUUCAAAUGGAGAAGCAGGUUAUGAGCAUUCUUCAUAGACAUAACGAGUGCCCUUACGUUAUCAAGUGCUUUGGAGAUGAGUAUACCACCAGCGAGAACGGCGAGAACGUGUAUAAUCUUUUGUUAGAAUACGCUUCAGGUGGUUCCCUACGUGAUCUGAUCAGGAAAUCACGUGGUUCCGGGUUGCCAGAGUCCGAUGUGAGGCUUUACACGCACUCAAUUCUUCUUGGAAUCAAACAUGUUCAUGAUUGCGGUUUACUUCACCUUGACAUAAAGCCGGAUAACAUCUUACUUUUUCCUUGCGCUUCACGUACUACUGGUUCCACUAAGUUUAUGGCUAAAAUCUGUGAUUUUGGUCUAGCGAAAAAGGCGAAUCAGGGGAAGUCUGCUGUGAGAGGAACUGUCAUGUAUCUUUCGCCGGAGGCUGUGACUGAUUGCAUACAAGAGGCUCCCUCUGAUGUUUGGGCCAUUGGUUGUGUUGUCCUCGAGUUGCUAACUGCGAAGCAAGUUUGGGUGAGGAAAGCAUAUUGGAGCACUGAUGAAUUUGUCCACAAGAUUGGUCACGUGUUCGGAACGCCUGAAAUUCCAAGUGGGAUAUCAGAGGAAGGGAAAGAGUUCUUGAAGGGUUGUUUUCAGAGGAGGGCUGCGGAUAGAUUGACAGUUGAGAUGUUGCUGAAACUUCCCUUUGUUUCGAAUUUGGAUGACCGAGGAAAUAUUGAAAUCGAAGCUGAAGAGUCAGAACCAGUGCAGGUUAUGGAUGAGAAUUAUGAUGAAGAGCGUGAGGAGAAUUUGGACACUCAAAUGCCCAAGAAUAGCGAGAUAGUGCCAAACAUUGAGAUUGAAAAUGAUCCGUUCAUGUUUUCUAGCGAUACAAAGCCGAGGCUUGUGGCUGAAGAGGAUCCCUCCAUGUGCUCUAGCGAUUUUGAGCCUAGCAUUGAGGUUUAUUUUGAUGAGGAUGCCGAAGUUGAGCCUAUUGAAGACGAAGAGGAAGGGAGCCCUAGGCACGACGACUCUAACAUGAUUGAGCCAAUAUUGGAAGAUGAGCCAAGCGUUGUAUAUCUAGGGACUGUGACAAAUCAUGAGAAACGGAGCCCCUCGAGUGACGAGACAAUCCACAACUGCAAUCCGUCCAUGUGUUCUAGCGAUACAAAGCUGAGGCUUGUGGCUGAAGAGGAUCCCUCCAUGUGCUCUAGCGAUGAAGAGCCUAGCAUUGAGGUUUAUUUUGAUGAGGAUGUCGAAGUUGAGCCUAUUGAAGAUGAAGAGGAAGGGAGCCCUAGGCACGACGACUCUAACUUGAUCUUGAUCGAGCCAAUAUUGGAAGAUGAGCCCAGCGUUGUAUACCUAGGGACUGUGACAAAUCAUGAGAAACGGAGCCCCUCAAGUGACGAGACAAUCCAAAACCACAAAAGGAGGAAACUGAUGUCGAGUCCUGAUGCAGAUAGUGAUGAAGGAAAAUUUUGGUUCUGCUCAUCAAUGCCGCAAUUUCCGGUGAAUGUAAUACCACCGGAGCCAUAUGCAACUGCCCUUUUUGCAGCAUUUUAAUGGAGAGUUUUAGUAUCACAUACUUUAGCCCGGUAUUGUCUUCCGAAAUUGGAUGGAUACAAAUCUUUCAAGGGUAAAUGGUUUGAUUGUCUGUUUGUUGUUCUUAUUUAUGAGAUUUGAACCAAGGCAUUUCUCUUUUAGUAUAUAUCUAUUGAGUUAUUGUAUAAGGAUAUGAAUCAAGUCAGUUUUCCAAGUAUUGUGCAAUCAUCUUUAGGUUUGUAUUAGUUGAAUUAUGGAAUAUCUUUGGGCAUGUCUGAAUGAUGAAUGGUAACUUCUAGUGAUUUUCUUCUUCUUGUUUUCUGUUGUUGCUUUUGCUGCUACUUUGCUAGUCUUUUGCUUC